UGAAAUAAUUUUUCUUGAAUAGCACAGGUGAUAACUAACUGUAAUUAUGAGAACUUCCUUUAUUGUGCCUUUACUAAUAACUUUUUUUAUUUAUGGAUUAUCAACUACAUUUGGUGCAAAGCGCAGACCUGUACGACUUCAAGGGAUGCGUCGACCUACGAGGAAGCCUGAACGGAAAGUAACAGGCACGGCAUGGUACAACUGUGAUUUUGAAAGUGGAUAUUGUGGUUGGAAAAAUGACUCAACAGCUGAAUUUCAAUGGUUCAGAACAAAUACCGAAACACCAACAGGAGAAACAGGGCCUCGAUGGGAUCACACAAAAGCAGGAGACCGCGGCGAAGGACACUAUCUUUAUAUUGAAACAUCCGUCCCUCGAGAAAACGGUGAUCAUGCUAGAUUAAUCAGCCCACUGCUGUCUGAAGAAGGAACAUUUUGCUUGACAUUCUGGCAUAACAUGCACGGUUCUGACGUGAAGGAUUUGAACGUCUAUCUUAAAGGUCGAAAGUCAAAAAAAUUACAAACAAUUUCACACCUAUCGGGUCCAUGGUCGGUUGGAAGUAACAUCAGAAACCUUGCGGGUGAAGAUAAUGACUGGUGGAACCAGGAGUCGGUUGAAUUUACCAUUAUGGAACCCGUAAACAUAAUAUUCGAGGGCGUUCGUGGAAAGAAUUACAGAGGCGAUAUCGCUAUUGACGACAUCUUGUUGUCGCCAACAAGAUGCGGGAGAAAAUCCAUCAACUGUGAUUUUGAGAAGAAUACAUGUGGAUGGACGCAAAUGUCAGGUGAUCAAUUCAACUGGUUACCGAACAGAGGGAAGACACAAACCAGAAAUACAGGACCUACUCAUGAUCAUACAUUGCGAAACUCAAGUGGCCGCUAUUUGUAUAUCGAAACAUCGUGGCCUCGGGUAGAAGGCGACAAAGCCCAGUUACUUUCUCCUCUGAUAUCUUGUGACAAAGGUGCGACACCGGUAUUCAAUUUUUGGUAUAACAUGAAUGGCCCACACAUUGGUCCACUCAAAAUAUACGUCACGAGAGACAAGGGAAGGCUUGGUAAUCCUGUUUGGGAGAAAAACAGCAACCAAGGAAACAUUUGGUGGCACGGACAAAUAACAAUCCCGCCAGCGUUUCUAUCGAAAGGAUCUUUUAUGAUCGUGAUUGAAGCGGAACGGAAGGACUAUCAGGGAGACACAGGUAUAGAUGACGUCAGUUUGACGGGAUGUCGUGCAGAGGAACCAACAUUUGGGAAACUAGUUGCUUUAACUACACCUACUGCUACAACAACAACUAGGACCACUAAAGCCACCACAACAAAAGCAUGGCUUCGGGAUGCGGGAAAUCCUAACAAAUUACCAGGAGGUAUAGAAUGUAAUUUUGAGCAAGAAAGCAUGUGUGGAUGGAAACAGGAUUUCAAUGAUCAGUUCGACUGGGAAUUAAACAGAGAGAAGACUCAUUCGGAAAGAACCGGACCUGCUGCCGAUCAUACUAACAGAAUGGGUUGGUACUUGUAUGUCGAAGCUUCAUCACCGAGGAAACCAGGGGACAAAGCAGUAAUAAGAAGCGUCCCCAUUCCUCCAUCUGUCGUUUCAUGCAUCAGUUUUUAUUAUCACAUGCAAGGCAAAGACAUGGGUAAACUGGAGUUGCUUUCCGUUGCUCGUGGGGGCCAAAGAUUUACAAAACAUUGGUCUAAACAAGGACAGCAAAGCAAAAAUGACACUGAUUGGAAAUUUGCUCAAGCAGAAAUACGAGAAAAUACAUUUUACGUUCUUGCAUUUCGAGCCACUAUCGGACACGGUUUCUACUCGGAUAUUGCCAUUGAUGAUGUCAAAAUUGAUGCUACACCAUGCGAAAAAACAACAAUAACUACUACAGUUUCAAGUCCGCCAUCAACAGCAAAGGCAAAUAAAGUUAUUUCAACAGCGCCAUCGUCGAAUGAUAUCGAUUGUGAUUUCAGCGGAGGUAAAACAUGCCAAUGGAGUCAGGUGUUGUCUCCAUCGGAUGAGUUUGACUGGACAGUGGAAACUAAAUCCAGUAAGCUUCGAUCGUCACAAACAGGCCCCUUUGUCGAUCAUACGUCAGGAAGUAGGGGUGAUUAUGCUUACAUUGAUGCAUCCACACCAAGAGAUGAAGGAGAUGGAGCAAUGUUAGAGAGUCCAGAAUAUCUGGUCGAAUCCGAUAUGUGUUUUCAUUUCUGGUAUCACAUGUUUGGGACAGAUAUUGGUAAUUUGACUCUUUAUAGAAAAGUACCAAAGUCUGGAAAAUUAAUUCCGCUGUGGACGAAUGGGGGUAAUAAAGGAAGUCAAUGGCUUGAAGCUACUGUUGAUAUGAGAAAAAGGGGAAUCACGAAAUUGGUUUUGGAGGCAAAAAGAGGAGAAUUUUGGAAGGGAGAUAUCGCGAUCGAUGAUUUCAAAAUGGUUAAAGGAAAAUGUCCUACAUUUGACUGCAAUUUUGAGGAGAAUAACUGCGCUUGGAGACACGAGUUAGAACAUGUUGAUUUUAACUGGACGAGACAUCAAGGGAAAACGACAUCAAAAAACACAGGCCCAGAUUACGAUCAUACGUUAGGAAACAAAAAUGGAACCUAUCUGUAUGUCGAAGCAUCUAAUCCACGACAGCGUUAUGACAAGGCAAGGCUGGUCAGCCCAGUGAUAGACCCAGGACUCUCUUCAACUAAAUGUGUCACAUUUUGGUUUCACUCAUUUGGUGAUCACGUUGGUGCUAUAAACAUAUAUAAAAUCGAAGCGCGACAGACAAAUUCUUCGUACCUGGGAUCACCAAUUUGGAUAAAUGCUAGAAAUGAAGGCGAUCAAUGGGUUUUUGCAAAGAUCAACGUUCAUGGCGAACUACCUUACCAGAUCAUGAUUGAAGGCGUUCGUGGCCUCGAUUACUUGGGAGAUAUCGCUAUUGAUGACAUCAAAAUAAUAGAUGGAGUAUGUAAUCCUUGUUGCGAAAAGACGCAUUUCAAAUGUGGCAACCAUUACUGCAUACCAAUCGGAUUUAGAUGUAACCAUCGAGAUGAUUGUGGCGACGGCAGUGACGAGUCAUUUUGCGAUUACGGGCCACCUUGUGGAACACCCUACUCCUACGCACCAAUCAGAGAACCCGUGGAUCUUCCUGAUAAUGUUAUGCAUGAUGAAUCUAGUCAAUCUGUGAUACCAUAUCCAGUGGAAGAAGAAGAAGAUGGAAUCGUAAUUAUGGCUCCAGAGACAAAAGACGGCGGUGCUGCAAGAAUAUCAAAUACACAAAUGAAACUUCUUUCUUAUCCAAAAAAUCACAAUAAGCAUCUCAUUAAUCCCCGAUAUUAUUCAGAAGAUAUGCAAUUCGAUCUGAGGGGUUCCGAGAAUGUUGAAACAUUCGUCGAACGGGAAAAACGUAGUUUGGGAUCAAACAUGGAAAAUGCUUAUAAUUAUUCACCAGAAUACAUCAAACAAAAUAAAACUGUAAAAAUCGUUCAAAAUCCAAAUUCUUCGCAAAAAAUAGCAAAUGACAAAGGGGAGAAUUAUGAGUCAAUAGAUUUGAUUAAAAUUCAAGGGCAUUACAAAAAAAUAUCACAAGGUGAUUCUGUUAUAAACCUGACCGCGGAUGAACAAAAAGUUGCAGAAAAACACUUUGAGUACAGAGUAAGAAUACAAAAAGUAAUGGGAAAACAACAUGAAAUUGAAAACGAAGAAUGGAAAUUAAUGACACCAUGGAAAAGAUAUCAAAAAAAAUCAGAAAUAAGAAGAGCAAAACGUUCAGUAAAGAAAAUUAUUGGUGGAGUUCAAACAAGUCAAUAUAACUAUCCUUGGCAGGUCGCUUACUACGUCACGGAGUCAACAACUAAAAGUCAUUAUUUCUGUGGUGCGACGUUGAUUGACAGAUAUUGGGUUAUAACAGCAGCACAUUGCCCUCAUUUAGGAGACGUUCACAACAUCGUUAUCGGCGACUUCGAUCUUUACACCGAUGAAGGCACCGAACAGGAGAUCAUAGUUGACGCAAUAUUUUUACACGAAAAAUAUAAAUUCUCAGAAGAUUUGGUGGGCGAUAUUGCUCUUAUUAAGCUAAGAUAUCCUGCAAGAUCUUCCAAGUCAGUCCAACCAGCCUGCUUAUUAAAACCCGAAGAAACCCCUUUCAAAACCGGUGAAGUGUGUGUCACGACUGGGUGGGGAAGAGUAGAGGCAAAUAAGCCUGGAAUUGAGCGAUAUUUGAGACAAGUCGAAAUGCCGAUCAUCAGCAAUAAACAAUGCCAAGCAACAUUCUGGUCAAUUUAUACGAUUCAUAACUCAUACGUAUGUGCGGGAGGAACAGGUGGAAAUUCAUGCCGGGGCGACUCUGGCGGCCCCUUACUUUGCAAAAGAGACGACAAGUUCUAUUUGGUUGGUAUUACGAGUUGGGGAGAUACUCGAUGUAAAACAAAUAUACCCGGAGUAUAUACCAGGGUACAGAGUUAUAAUAAGUGGAUGGACAAAAUCAUGGCAAAACCAGAAUGCACUACGCAAUAGAAAAUGUUGAUUAUUAUUCCAAAUUCAAUGAAGUUUUAUUGUUAAAAUAAAUCAAUGAUGGGGAGUCAGAUUAUACGCGCUGUAUUUUUACAAUGAUUAAUUUUGAUUAAAUGAUUUUCUUUUGACAAAUUUCGCAUUGAAAUAUUCCUUAUGAUUUUAUUUUAUACUAAACUUAUAUUUAUUUAUGUCUUUCGCUUUAUGCAUAACUAAAACCAUAUUAAUAUUCAAUUAUUACAGAAUAUCCUAGAAACUUUCAGUGUUAUCCAAGAAUAAUUAUAAUUUUGUCAUCGCAUUGAGUUUAUGUUUUUAUCGUACGAAGUUAAUUUUUUCAAGUAGUCAGAUAUUUGAAGAUUUGCCAAACAUCUGAUAGUGUGUUUGGUAAAUUAAAAAGGACCAUCAUUUUUUCGCGCAUUUAUGACGUUGAAAAUCAUUCUUACUUGGGAAUGACUUGAGGAUGCAAUUCAACAUUUCAGUUGUAUUUUUUCAUAGUCCAGUUGUGUUCUAUUCCUGGUCUUAAUGUAAACGUAUGUAUAUAGUGUUUGUAUUAUCCAUCUGCGUCUUUAGUAAAUAUAUUAUACUUCAAGAACAUCCUAUUUUCUUGAUAUCUAUUUAGAAUGCUUGUCUUUACCUCUUAUUAUUGAAUACAUGCAAAAUAUACCAA